AUGAUUGCUGAGGAUAUCCACUUUGCGAUGGAGGGUAGGGCGAUUGUUGCGGCGGAGGAUAAGGACCUGGCGGACCUGGCGGAGGUGCGCCAUAGGGUUGCUGCUGUGGAUAGGAACCCUGUUGAGGAGGGUAUUGUUGGUAUGGUUGUUGCGGCGGAUAUGGUGGCUGUUGAGGAGCGCCAUAUGGUUGAUUCUGAGGGUAUGGACUAUGUGUUGGAGGAUAUUGCUGAUAUGCUUGAGGAGAAUCUACUUUGA